AUGUAUAUCGAAUCUUCAAAAUCCAGUAUUAGUUCUAGUGAUGAUUAUUAUUCCUGUACAGACCAGCCAUCGCUUACAAACACAAUAAUUAAUGAAACUGACCAUAAAUUUAUAAUCAAAUGUUCAAAAGAAAAUAAUAUUAAUAUUGUUAACAAAGAGACAAAGAGGAUGAGUAAAAUUUUUAAAUUUUCAUAUGAAUGGAGUUUUGAUGAAGUUAUUCAGAUGCUUAAAAAUUUAAAUUACACGGAAUAUCCACAGUUAUAUAUUUUCAUAAUAGAAACUGAAAAUAUUCGGAUUUGUUCAACGAAAAAAAAUAAAAGACACAAAAAACUGGAAAAUGUUGAAAAAUUAAAAAAAAUAUUGCUAGAGUUCAAUAAGAAUCGUCCAUUACUUCUUCAGUUGACAUCGAAAGAUGAAAAUGUAACCAAAUUUUAUUACAAAGAUGAAAAAUCGACUAAAUUUUAUGCAAUCGACGAGAGUCAGAGAAAUUUUGAAAGAAAUUUAAAUUUCUCAUCAUUUUUUUGUUCAUUUUUGGAUGGAAAAUUUGAAAAGCUUGCCGAUCAAUUACGUUCAAAUCUUUCAAAUGUUAAAAAUACUUCUUUAAUUAUGCGACUUUUAAGAACUUUGAAAACAGAUGAUGAGGACAUUGCAUUGUUGAUUUUAAAAAUAGCAGAAUGUGGAUCAAAAAAAGAAUUGUUAUCAAUAUUAGAUGCUCCAUUUUGUGAAGAAGGAAGAACACUUAAUGAAGAAUCGCAAAAUUACAUAUAUUUUGAAUUUUCUUAUGGCUCUUCAGAAGAUAAUUCAUCAGAUUUAGAAAAUCAAAAUGAAGAAAUUAUUGACUAUUUGAUAACUUAUUGGUCUCAUUUGAUAAAACAACUUCCAUUUCAACAUCAAGUUCGAAUUUCUGAAGCAGCUCUUGAGACAAAUCAAAUGGAUAUUCUUUGUGAUUUAUUGGAAAUUUCAGACUUUCCAUUUCCCACAGUUCAUUCAAGGUUUUGUAAGAUAAUAAGUAAUAGAAUUAAAUUAAAAAAUGCUAUCGAGGAAGAAAACUUUUCAAUUAUUGAUGAAAUUGUAAACAAUAAUUUGAAUCUUAAAUUCAACUACUGCCCAGAUAAUAAAUCAGCGUUAACUCAAGCAAAAGAACUUAAAAAAUCAAAAGUUUUCUUUCAUCUAAAAUCAAAAGGAUUUGAAGGAGAAACUUGUGAAGAUAUUUACAUUGAUCUAUGCAAAACUGACGUCACUAAAACUCUAAAGCAAGCUGCUGAGCAAAGAACGAUUAAUGUUAAAGAGUCAAUACCAAAUACUCAUUCUUCAAUCAUGAUAUUGUCAGCGAAAUCAAAAAUACACAACAGCAGGAUAGAAAAGCAUCAAGAAGUUGAAUACAGACAGAAGAUAAUAAAAUGGUUUGAAGAUAUUUAUAAAAUUUCUCCUGAAUUGCUUGAUGUUGCCGCUUCCUGUGAAUUUUUGAAAAUAAUUUUCGACUUUGAAACUGUUACGGUUGAAAAUGUUAGCUUAGCACAACCAAAUGCAUCUGGAUCAACAUAUAUUGUAAGUAAAUGGAUUUUUAUUGGUGCAAAAUUGUCUGAUUUCAAUCGUGAUCAAGCUAUUAAAGGUGUUAUUGCUCAUGAGUUGUGCCAUUAUGUUAUGAGUUUGGUUUUUGAGAACCAUGAAAAUCCAUACCAUAAAUAUUCAAUGGAUAGAAAAGAAGAUUUUGAAAAAAUUAUCAGUUUAAUUGACAAUUGGUCAGAAACGAAGAAUAAACAGCCAGAUGAUGAGUGUUUUGGAAUCAUUUCGUCAGUUUUCUUACAAUAUGCUUCAAAGGAUUUUCAUCCAGAAUUAAUUGUAAGAGUUAUUCAAAUUAUGGCACAGCUCGAUAAUGACGAAACAAAGAUUAAAUUUCUUCAAAAUAAAUUUGAAAGUCUUUUCGACUUUUGGUAUAAAUUCGUGAUUCCAGAGUUAAAACAGUACAUCCAAAAAAAUAAAGAUGCUGUAAAAUUAAAUGAAAUUUUUGGACUUUUAUCGAUUAUUCAAAAGAAUCAAAAUAUUGAAAUUGUGAAUUCAAAAGUCAAAAAUGAGUUUCUUGAUACAAACUUAAAUAUAAUUUCUACAAAUUCACCAAAACUUUUACUCAACGAUAUUCUCAAACAAUUUCUUGAAAAGUAUGGAAUUUUACUUGAUUCACAAAACUUAUUUAUUAAACCAGGAAAGCUUAAGAAUGAGCGAUUAAUGAACAACUUUAAUCACAUUUGUUUUAAACAUUCAAAAUUAAAUAUUAUUUUUGAUUGUUCAAGAGAAAUUCCAAAAAAUUUGUGUAAAAGUGUUUUUAAAAAAGAUCAUAGCUUUACUUUUGUAAUAACAAAUGAAAAACAAAAUGCAGAACUAGUUAAAUUAAUGCAAUUAGAAGCAUUGCCUCAAAAUGAAAUUAAUUAUAAACUUGAAGAUCUAACUGAACAAAGUCAGAUGAUAAUUCUUAAUACUGAAAUUAAUUUUCAAAAUAAUUUUAAAUGUACUUUAAAUGAUAUGCUUCAAAAUCUGACACAAACAAAGAAAAUUGAAGUUAGAAAUCACGAAAAUAUAUUGAUUAGUUGCCUUCGUGACAUAAUUGAUGAUGAACUUUUCAUUUUGUUGGUUAAUCAAGAAGCUUUUUCAAUCAAUCAAGAAAUUGAAAAUUUAUUGUCAGAAAAAUCUUUCGAAUUUUUAUAUCAAACAAGAAAUUUAAUUUUGGAAGAAAAAAAAGAUUUAGUUUCUCAAGAUGAGAUUUUAUCAUUAAUUCAUAAUAAGCAUUAUAUUCUUAUGUCAGACACGGCUGGUAGUGGUAAAAGUUGGACGAUGAAGAACUUUCGAAAUAUUUUAGGGUUAAAAAAUCCAACAAACUGGAUUUCUUUUGUCGAUUUGAAAGGAUUUGUUAAAGAUUUCAAAAAAGUAGAGAGCCUUCCAGAAUUUUCAACUUUUAUGUCUGAAAACUUUUUAAAAUCCAAGCAAAAUUUCGAAAAACAAAUUUUUCAAAAGUUUUAUAAAACUGGAAAAGCUUUCAUAUUUUUUGAUGGAUUUGACGAAAUUGCGCCCGAUUAUGCGAUAAUUGUCUUAAGGUUAGCAGAGUCAAUCAAGUUUAAUGAGGGGAAUCAAUUGUGGAUUUCCACACGAAAUUAUUUUACAAUUGAUUUGCAAAAUGAAAUCAAGUUUGAUUUAUGUUUUAGUCUUUGUAACUUUACAGAAGAAGAUGGAAUUAACAUGAUAGUUUCAAGUUGGAUAUUAAAAGAUAUACAGAAUAAAAUUUUAAUUAAUUCAAAAGAUGAAUUUAUUGCUUAUGUCAAGAAUAGCCCAUCUUAUAAAAGCUAUCAAAAAACAGCAAAAGAAAUCAUUAAUAAAAUAGCAAUGACUGAAUAUCGUUCAGUUGGAUUGCCGCAAUUAUUCAAUAUGGUUGCUGAAAUAUUUAAAAAUAGCACAAAUCAAUUGCUUGACAUUAAUAAUUUUAAAAUUUACGAAAUAUUUGUACAAAAUUUAUAUAAACGAUGGGCAGAAGAAAAGGGUCAACUUAGGAAAAAGGCAAAUACAGAAAGUCAACGUUAUGAGCAAAACUUUUGGAAAUUUCAUCAGUAUAUGGCAAUAAAAAUCUUAUUUCCUGAGCUUGUAAUAAUCUUCUUUAAAAAAUAUAAUGGAAAGGAAUGGUCGGACGAGGAAAUAAUUGCUUGUGGAAUAAUUGAAGAAGAUUUAAAACUUUUGAUCCUUAAAAACGGAGUUUUUCUUGGUUUAAUUGGAUCAAGUAAAGAUAUUAAGAUUUUUGAAACUUUUGUGACGCAAAUUGAAGAAAAAUUCGGUAAUGAGCUUGUAAAGGAAUGUCUAAUGCAAUUCAGCAAUGAAAGAUGGAAAGGAAAUAUCUUUUACUUCCUUUGCACGUCACCAAAUUUAAAUAAAUAUAAAUUUUUGAAACUUAUAGAAAUCAUGCAAAAAUUCCUUAAAGUCGAUCAGAUUUUUGAAUUAAUACAAAAUUGCAAUCAAUAUGGACAUGGAUUAAUAAGAACUUAUGUCGGACGAGGAAAAAAGGAAAACAUUGAAAUGUUAUGGACACAGACAGAGAAGUUUUUUGAAUCUAAAGAAAAUUUCAUUGAAUUCCUAACUGAACCAGAUAGUUAUAAAAAGAAUCUAUUGCAUAGUGCUGUAGUUUGGAAAAUUGACUUUCAAGAGAUAUUUUGGGGGUUGAUUUUGAAAACAUUUGAUAACUUACAAGAUUUAAAAGCUUUUAUUUUGCAAAGAGAUGAGUGGGGAAAGAGCUUCCUUCAUUACCUUGUAGAGCAUAACAAGAAUCCAAAUGUUUUUGAGUUCAUUUUUAAAAAAAUUAAAGACAAUUUUAACGAAAAUGAACAUAAAGAAAUUUUGACAUCAAAUGGAUCAAAGCAUUCAUCCCUUGAAGUAUUUAAACUUUUAAUUGAUAAUGUUGAGAAAUUUGCUGGCCAUGAUGAAAUGAUCGAAUUAUUAAGCAAUAUGAGUACACAAAAUCAAAGUAUUUUACAUAUUGCAGCACAGCACAAUGAAUCAUUUGAGGUUCAUCAGAGCUUAUGGAAUCUAUUCCGUAAAUAUUUUAAAGAUAAUCGAAUUUUAGAUUUUGUUAAAAUAAUUGAAGAAAUUGAUGUAAAUGGAAGGGAUUACUAUCUUAAUGCUAUGAAGUUUAAUACACCAAAAGUGGUGGAUUUCAUAAGAAAUGAAGUAAAAGUUUUGGUGAAAGAAUGCGAACAAAUUCAAAAUAAAUUAGAAGUUUAA